UGUUGGGCCCCUCCCUCCUGCGCGAGCCUCCGGGAGCCGCGGCGGCCUGCGGAACAACACCGAGCAGAAGCGGAACCGGAGCAGCAGGAGGAGGUCGCGGUGCGUCCAUGGUUCACGUCGGUGCGCUCUGCAUGGAUAACAGUGUGUGGAACGGUGGAGUCCGUCAGCUGAACAUCUUCAGAUCUGCAGAGGCCGAUGAGGAUUAGAGAUGAUGGAUGAAGAUGUGACAAGACUCGCUCUCCGUUCCCAGGAGCCGAAGAUCAUCCUGCACGGCUCCGACGACGGUGGGAUGUGUGGUGAGGAGUACGUGGUGGAGCUGCAGGAGACCGUCCUGCUGUCGGACGGGGAGAACGACGGCGAGAACGAGGGCGUGGCCGUACGGAGCGUCUCCUCCGACGAGCUCGUCAUCCAGGACGCCGUGGAGGACGUGGUGGCCGAGGACGACGAGGGCGUGGAGACCUGCGUGAUGUCACUGGAGGGCGAGGAGGAGGAGGAUGAAGAAGUGACGGUGGCGGAGGAGGAGCUGGAGGAGGAGGAGAGAGAGAACGAGCUGCACUCCUCUGGAGAUUAUCUCAUGAUCUCCUUGGAUGAAGAUGGUAAGAUGGUCUCUGCUGAUGGAGAGGAGGUGACUGUGGAGGGAGCGCUGGACGGUCAGCAGGUGGAGAAGGACGAGGACGGACAGGAAGUCAUCAAAGUUUACAUCUUCAAAGCCGACUCGGGGGACGACGAGCUCGGAGACUCAGACUCGGUGUGUAAGCCGCUGAGAGAGAAGAUGCUCUACAUGUCAGUGAGUGACGGCCAGAACAAUCAAACCGAAGGUGGAUCUAAACUCUCGGAUGAGGUGUACAUGGAGGUGGUGGUAGGAGGUGAGGAGCCGCUUACCAACGACAGAUCGUACGAACCGAAAGAGUUUAUACCCGUCAACUGGAGUGCUUAUGAUGAAUCUGAGUGUUGUGAGAACAGGAAUGGAGCAGCGAGUGCGGUUCUGCACAUCGACGAGUCCGACACGCCACACACACUCAAACAACAACAACAACAACACAGCAAAACACACCGACGAGCCGAGCACCGACAAGUACAGACAGCGAUCAUUAUCGGUCCGUACGGGCAGCCCCUCACCGUGUACCCCUGCUUCCUGUGCGGGAAGAAGUUCAAAUCCCGCGGCUUUCUGAAGCGGCACACGCGCAACCACCACCAGGACGUCCUGGACCGCAAGAAAUACCAGUGCACCGACUGCGACUUCUCCACCAACAAGAAAUCCAGUUUCCACGCUCACCUGGAGGAGCACACGCAGCACGGCAAGCCGGCGUUCGAACCCGAACCAGCCAAAGAGUUCCACCAGCAGGCGGCGCUGUUCUCCAACCGACUGCAGCCGCAACAGCAGCAGAAAGCGACCAAAGCGGCUCCAGUUCCCGCCAAAAAGGCGUACCGGUGCAAGUUCUGCGAGUACGUAAGCGCAGAGCAGGGUCUGUUAAACCGCCACCUGCUGGCCGCGCACAGUAAGAACUUCCCGCACGUGUGUGUGGAGUGUGGAAAGGGGUUCAGACACCCGUCAGAACUGAAGAAACACACGCGCACACACACGGGCGAAAAACCGUACUCCUGUCCGCACUGCAGCUACAAGUCGGCCGAUUCGUCCAACCUGAAGACGCACAUGAAGACCAAACACAGUCAGGAGGAGGAGGAGGAGGAACCGGCGCCGCCCGCAGCCGAAGAGAUCAGGGAAGAUACGGCGGAGACGCCGCGGGAGGACGAGGACGGAGACGAGGAGGAGGUUCGGGUUCAUCCGUGUGAGCUCUGUGAUCACCGCAGCUCCAAUUCCAGCGACCUGAAGCGGCACGUCAUCUCCGCCCACACCAGGGAUUAUCCUCACCAGUGCGACGUCUGCGGGAAAGGAUUCCACCGCCCGUCCGAGCUCAAAAAACACUCCCUUACCCACAAGGCCAAGCGCUCGCACCAGUGCCGCCACUGCAGCUUCAAAACCUCGGAUCCGUUCGUCCUGAGUCGGCACAUUUUAUCGGUUCACACUAAAGAACAGCAGCAGGAACAGGAAGAGGAACCGGAACCAAACCAGCAACAACAACCGCCCCCGCCGCCGUCUGUACCGACGCAGGACAAAACUCCGCCCAAAAAGACAGUCGGGGCGGCACAGCUGGCUCUAGGUGGGGCCCCCAUUAUUAAAAAGGUCGUCGGCGCCAAGGGGGCGCGGGAACGGCGGGUUUAUCAGUGCCAGUACUGCGACUACAGCACCGGCGACGCCUCGGGAUUCAAACGCCACGUCAUCUCCAUCCACACCAAGGAUUAUCCACACCGCUGCCAGUUCUGCUCCAAGGGCUUCCGCCGACCGUCCGAGAAAAACCAGCACAUCAUGCGCCACCACAAGGACAUGAUGCCCGCCGAGUGAGAACGGACCAGUACCCCCCCAACCCCGCCCCGCCCCGCCCCGCCCUGCUGCGCCACGUCCAGACCUGUCCCGUCCUCACCGCUUACAUCCUGCACUGUCUGCAUUUACAGCUUCCAUUUAUGUGUGUGUGUGUGUGUGUGUGUGUGUGUACUGAUGCACUUAAUGACCAAAAGUAUGUGGACGUCUGACCAAGAUCCUCAAAAGUUCAGGCACUGAUGCUAGAUGAAAGGUCUGAAUUGCAGUCAGUGUUCCAAUUUAUCCCACAUACGUUCAGGACCCUGUGCUCUUCGUGCACAGAGAGUCGUUAUGAAAUAGAAAAGGGUCUGUCCCAAACUGCGUCCGCGAAAUCGUAAGCAUAUUAUUUAUUUAUAGAGCUGAUUUUAUCCACCAGUGGGUGUGGCUGAAACACCUAGGUCUUGGGUGUUCACAUACUUUUGGCCAUGUGAUGUAUGUGUAAAGCAGGUGCCAUAAUUCCAAACACCAAACUUUAUUAGGACAGAAACUAAACAUCAGAGCUCCAGAUAGAAAAAAUUUAAUUAAAUUAAGCUACUAAAGGACGUUUAUUGUUCAGAAAACUCAAAAUAGAAUUAAUCAGAAAUCAAAAACAACCUUUUUUUUAUUAACAGGUAAAAAUAUUCUUCAUAAAUAAAUUACUGACCAAAGACAUUUUUAAUAAUGUAGAACGAGCGUUUAAUAAUAAUAUAAUAAUAAUCCAGACGCUGAAACCGGUCUUCUUUAUUCUCUUGUGUGGGUGCCCGGCCGGUCGAUAGGACAGAGGAGCUGAGAUUCGUACCCCAGAGCUCGAGAUCUCAGCGCUGCACCACCUGAGCACCUCUGUUUUAUUUAAUCACAGUCAAACAAAAACUGAUGAUGAAUUAAAUCUGUAUAAAAAACAUUUAACUAAAAUACAGGAAGAGGAAAUGUUUAUUAACGAGCUUUUAUUAACGAGAUAAAACAGUGUUAACCUUUUAAUCAGCAGUGUUUCUAACAAGCGGUGCCUAAUCAGACAGGCGACUGUGAGGACCAUUCCAGUUCCUGCAUUAGUUUCAGUACUUCAUGGACCGGCUCGUGUUUGUUUAGUGGAACCUGUGUGAUGUUUCCUGUGACUCUGGCUGCUACACAAUUCCACUACAGUAGCUCCACCUACAUGCUUAACUGUACACAGUGCUGGUGGUUUACAAAACUAAUGUUAUACAGACUUCACGUUUGUGCAAGCAAAGCUGUGCAGAAGAACGGUGCACCACCACUACAGGGUCACCAGCACUAUGGGGACUCUUUGUGGUCAUAUGGGGUCUUACUUUGCCACUGGUCCCAUAGAUUUAAUUCUUGUUUUUUUUUUUUUGAUUUUGCACUGAUUUCCAGUUUCCCCCUGAACCUUUGAGGACCUCGUGGUCGUCAAGUGUUAACACAAGGUCUAAAUUAUGCUCCAUAAUGAUCAGCUGAUGAUUUUCAGGACAAUUCUCGACCGAUCUAACGAGCCCCGUUAAGUCAAUAAGGGUCCGAGACUUCAGAAGUGGACGUUAUAAACUUUUGCACUUUUUUAAAGUUAAUUAAAUAUGUAUAUCAUAGCUGCUCGUUAACAUUUAAAAAUAUUUGUUUUAUGGGAUUGAUUUACUUUUAAUCACACUAAAAAUCAAUCAUGUGUAAAGAGUAAUUUAAGGGGUGCUUAAACUUUUGCACACUGGAGAUGAAGAUGAGAUGAUAUUUACUCUGUAUUUUCCCUCCUGCCGGCAUGCAUUGAACAUGGAUCCGGCGUCCACAUUCACUUGUGAAUAAGGUGACAGUUUAGCGGGACAGGGUUUGAUUUUGGAACGCAGCACUCAGAGCUUUAUCACUUUCAUCCAUUAUUUAUCAUUCUGCCUUUUAAUCUCUAUCAGAUUUGAUCUGGGGUGUCUUUAUACUUUAGAAAACACAGAGCUCGUCUCCCAGAUGACAUGAGGCAUCUUAAUAUUAAUUCCUAUCAGCUCUGUAUUAGCUGUGAUUAUUUAUAUGGCCUGUUUUAUAAAAGGUCUCAAGAAACGGUAUAAAACAGAAUUAUAAAUCAGGAAUGUACUUAAAAUACUGGAAUUACCUUCUCUGUCGUGUGAAACUGACCCGUCCAGAAAUAUCUGCACAUGUAAAUGCUAGAGAAAUGAAAGUGCUGCCAGUAGCCCAGUGAGGAGUCGUUAUGAGGAAUCAUUUGUGAGUGAAUCAGUGAAUCAUUUAUUCAAGAUGUCCCUGUUAACUUUACCUUACUAAUUAACCUGAUGUAGGAUUAACCUGCUAAACUGCCAUGUGAAGCUGCAUGUGUGUAAGACCAAAAGGCGUGUCAUACCGCUGAAGCUAACAUGCUAAUUACACGUGUUUUAAAUGUGUGAAAGGGGCUGUAGGCACCAUUUGAUUGGCUGUAGGCACCCACUUUGAUCCUGCACAGCUUUAUCAUUUUGUGUUGUUGCAUGCAGAAGGAAUCCCCGUCAUGUAUCGUUCUAGCAUGAGUGUGUGUUGGUGUGUGUGUGAUGCUAAGUGCAACAUCUCACACUUCUCCCACAUUUUUGAGGGACCCCAUUAGAGGAUUAGUUUUGUGCGACUGUGUGUGUGUGUGUGUGUGUGUUGUGAACAUUAGUGCCAUGCUGAAAUGCACUCACCAACCCUUCAUCAACUUUACAGGUGCUAGAAACACGUCACUGUGUGUGUGUUAUUAAUGCCUGCUAUGUAACACACACAUGCUGUGUCUGGUGUGUGUGUGUGUGUGUGUUUCACACCCUGUGGUGUCACUUUGAUUCCAUGUCCACAAAUUUUAGAAAUUGUUUUUUUUUUUUUGUCCCAAAAUUCCACCAAUCACAUUGCAGCUCUUAUUUAAACAAUUCAGAAUCCUGAAGACGAGAGGUCAGAAGGUCAUUAAUGCAUCCUUUAUUGUGACAUCACAAUUUCCAUCAAGCACUGGGUCACGCCUGGUCCCGUUUAGCCCCGCCCCCCUUUCUGCCCCGCCCUGUGCUCUUUUCUAUAGUAAGAUAUUAUUUAUAAGUGGGUGAGGUGCGUUGCGAGGGUGUGUAUAGUUUAGUGAUUCUAUAUGAGUGUAACUUAUUGUUUUGUACACAGAUCUGUAAAGAGAACCCGGAUGUAAACACUUCUUUUAAAGAAAUCUGAAAUGUGUGUGUUGUCCUGAGUGUCCUGAGUCCACGUUUAUUAAAAAAAAGAGUUAAAAAGGAAAUAAAAGAAAAUAUUUUCCUG